UCCUCAUAGAGGACACAAUGACUGUGCCAGGAUGGACUGGAGUCUCGUCCCUGACCCUUGGGGUUGGGGGCCUGCUCCUGAGUCUCCUGUUCCUGAGGACACCAGGUCCCAAGGUCCAGGUGACCACUGCGCCCUCCUCCUGGGCCCGCCUGGGCUCGGGGGCCCUGCUGCAUUGCCGGUUCACUGUUGAGGGGCCAGUGGCCCUGGACUCUCUGCGGGUGCAGUGGUAUUUAGGGGAGGUGAAGGUGGCUUGGUACGACCGGGGCAGGAGCCAGGCCCAGUCCGGAUCCAGCCUGCCAUCAGAGAAGGAGCUGCAAAGUGGAGACGCCUCCCUGUCACUGGUCACAGUGACACCAUGGGACAAGGGCACGUACAAGUGUGUUGUGUGGCACGGGGAACAUCAUCACCAGGGGGAGACCACCCUGCACCUGCUCGCUGCCCCGACAGUCUCCAUCCCAAGACAACCAGCCGUGGUGGGCAUGAAGACCUCCCUCCUGUGCCACAUCAGGGGGUUCUUGCCCAAGGACGUGGAUGUGGUGUGGCUGAGAGAUGGGCAGGUCCUGAAGGACUCCAGCCGCUCCAGCCCUCAAAUGAACCCAGACGGGACCUUCGACCUCACCCUGACCUACACCUUCACCCCUGCUCGCAGCGAUGCCAGCAGUGUUUUCUCCUGCCACGUCCACCAUGCGGCUCUGGGGCAGCCACUACAGGAGGAUGUCCCCCUGGUCAUCCUAGAUGCACCAACCAUCUCCAUCCAAAGACAACAGGGCAUUGUAGAUGCUGAGACCUCCCUCCUGUGCCACGUGGGGGGGUUCUUCCCCAAGGAUGUGGACGUGGCGUGGCUGAGAGACGGGCAGGUCCUGCAGGGCUCCACCCAGUCCAGCCCCAAGAGGAACCAGGAUGGGACCUUCAGCCUCACCCUGACCUAUACCUUCACCCCCGCCCGCAGUGACGCUGGCAGCAUCUUCUCCUGCCAUGUCCACCAUGCGGCUCUGGGACACCCACUGCGGGCGAACAUCUCCCUGAACAUCCUAGUACAGAGCACAGAUGUGGAUCAAACCAGAAGGCUGAUCAUCGUCAUCAUAAUCAUAGCAGGAACCGUGGUCAUCAUAAUCAUUUCCCACCAUAUAAAUAGGAAAAAAGACUGCCGUCUGUGCUCUCCAGACCGGGGGGAGGGCUCCCAGCUGCAGGACCCGGUCCCCGGGCAGCCAGUGACUGUGCAGAGCUUUAUAUCAGGCUCCUACCCCAGGCAGCUGGUGAUGGCCUGGCUGGGAAAGAGAGCAAGAAAGAAGGAGCCCAGGCCCCUGCAGAACUCAGACGCCCACAGUGUCCUCAUCCCGGUCCCCAGCUGGGCGAUGGAUGGGAAGUCCUAA